AGAGCUGCAAAACAUGCACUGUGUGGGGUAAUGAGGACCGAGUUUGCAGACCUAUGCUCUACUGCAUAGUGCUGGUAGGGAAGCUGCUGCCGGCAUCCACAGGACAGAAGUGAGCGGCGGCCCGGGAGCAGUCACCAGGUGACAUGUAGGGAGCCGGCCCUGGUGAUCACACACGGUACAUUGGAUGACGGGGCGUGGCUAAUGUGCAGAUGAGGGGAGAAUCGGCGCCGUGUGGGGCCGAUCUUUCAGCCAAUCAGAAAGCUAGAUGGGACCUUCGGAACGUCACUUUCCUGCAUCCUCGCAGCCGGUCCUGUGCUAUAGGUACGAGCAGCCACGCCCCCACUUGGUGAUUGACAGCUGAAAGUUGUGUCUGUGUCCCCUUGCUGUAAGGCGGUAGGAGAGGAUGGGAAGCAGUGUAUUACCUCUGAGAGCAUCGCCCGGGCUGUCAGACAGGAGCAGAGUGAGGAGAAGGAAGGUGAGGCGGUGGCAGUAGAUGUGUAACCUGGCUGCUGCCUGUGUUUGGAAAGAGAAGAAGGACAUUAAAGUGCCACUUACUCAGAGCAGGUGCCUCACCCUGUAACCGCUGCCUAUUAGGAAGAGCGCACUACAGUCCGUGUUUGCUCUAGAAGUGGCUGCAUGGAGCAAGUGAGGGGCUGGUAACUGAGUGAGUGCUGUCACAUGGAGUGCCCGCAUCCCCAGCACUGAGGGAGCCCUCACCGUGUCCCAGGGCACUCUCUACUGAAGAAGGAGAAUACUCAUCAUCACCUUCCCCUCUGCAGUGACCAAGCUCAUAUCUGCGAGAAGGUGGCCGCUCUGGGACUGUCCUCCCAGCAGAUCCUCUGUGCUCCCGGCCCUGGCUGUUGGAUAAGAGACUGUUCGUCACUCUGUAGUUGGGAGUCGGGACACGACUGCGAUGUGCACUUUUGUCUGAGCUCCCAGCCUCACUGACACAGAGACUUUCUGCCCGCUCCCCAGCAGGAGCAGCUACACAUACUUACCCUGUGAUAUCUCUCUGCUCAGCGCCUGCCUGUACGGCCCGGUGAUGUUAGCCUUAGGGCAGAUGGAUGGCACCAGGCAGAGCGCUUUCCUCCUCAGCAGCCCUCCCCUGGCAGCGCUCCACAACAUGGCAGAGAUGAAGACUCCCCUAUACCCAGCUUAUGCUCUCUCCAGCCAGCCCUGUUCCUCCUCCACAUCCUCCUCUGCUUCCUCCUCGCCAUCUCCCCCCCUGGGGUCUCCCAGUCAGGUGUCCCUGAAGCACUCCUCCUCCUUAUCCCCUUCUUCUGGGGGACUUUCCUCUUUGGGGACUCCUCCACCCCAGAUCUCAGCAGCCACCCCUCAUGGCAUCAAUGACAUCCUGAGCCGGCCUGUGAUGCACUGUAUACCCUCCUUAGCGGGGGCAGCCCUGUCUCCUGCCACCUCUGUGUCCCCGACACCUGCAGCCUCUACCUCCUCUCCUGCCAGCCUCCUGGCGGGCUUUACCCGCUUCGGUAGUCUUAGUCCACCCCCACCUCCUCACCCUGGUCUCUACUUCAGCCCCAGCGCCGCAGUGGCCGUGGCCCGGUACCCAAAGCCCCUGACAGAGCUGCCAGGCAGGACCCCAAUCUUCUGGCCAGGGAUGAUGCAGAGCCCCCCCUGGAGGGAUGCCAGACUGGCUUGUGGCCCCCACCACGGCUCGGUGUUGCUGGACAAGGACGGUAAGAGGAAGCACACACGGCCCACCUUCUCCGGCCAGCAGAUUUUCGCCCUGGAAAAGACCUUCGAGCAAACGAAAUAUUUAGCUGGACCAGAGCGAGCAAGGCUGGCUUAUUCCCUGGGUAUGACAGAAAGCCAGGUCAAGGUGUGGUUCCAAAACAGGAGGACCAAAUGGCGUAAGAAGCAUGCUGCAGAGAUGGCUACUGCCAAGAAAAAGCAGGACACUGAGACUGAGAGGCUGAAAGGGGCUUCAGACAACGAGGAUGAGGAUGAUGACUACAAUAAGCCCCUGGACCCUAACUCUGACGAUGAGAAGAUUACCCAGCUGUUGAAGAAACACAAAUCAAACAACUCCCUUCUCCUCCCACAGUCUGAAAAUGACAGUUCUUCUUAGAUGGACAAUUCUGGGACUGUAGUGAUGGAAUACAGUAUGGACGGGACAUCUUAUUCACCUGGUCAAUUGGUCCUGGACACUCUCACUUCCCAUCAUCUACACUGACAGCACUGCACCUGUAGCCAGGGCGAAAUAAGACUUUUUAUUUUAUGAGAUGUAUAUAUAUUUUUAUAUGCCAAUGAAAGAACACAAGAGUUAAAUAAUUACAGACGCCCAACACAUACAUACAUAUUAUAAAUACUAACUGCACAUAGUGAAAAUGGCAAGUGAUGGCUGUGACAUUUCUGCCCAGUUAUUUUCCACUGGGGUGAGACGUUGUCACGUGGAAAAAAAAAAAAAUCCUACCCCUGAAUCUACACCCAGACUGCUUAGGAAUUGGCAGUCCUAUGGAAGGAUUCAUUAAAUCAACUCGUUUGAAGGCUCUUGUAAAUAAAUCGUGAGUCACAGUGACCGGAGGUUACUCCAAUGCGAAUGUUUAAAUGUAAAGUAACCUUCUUUUGUGCUAAAAAUGCAGAGGAUAAAGGUAGGGGGAAAUCACAUGGCCCAUCUGCAACAUCUGUUCUUUUUCCAGCCCUCCUAGCAUUCUACCGAGUCGUGGUCCAAACGUAGCACCUCUAAACCCUCAUUCUUCUAAUGAAUCAAUUACUUUCUAUUCGGCGUUAAGGUUAGACAAGCCUUGCUAUUUAUUAUUAAUUUAAACAUACAUAGGAGAGUGAGGUGGAACUAAGCAGUGACAUUAGCUCACACUGCAAUCGAUGUUUGCACCCACUUGAAGGAGAUAUUACCCUGACUAGAGACUGUAUUGCGAUAUAAAAGUUUUAUUCCCGUUAUGACACGAUUUGUUAUAGGAUAUGUAAAUUACAUAAUUUUUACGCUAAAAUUGCAGCGAUAUCUUGGCAUCUUAACGGUUAUUUAUAUAUGUAUAAAAAGUGUUUCAGUUUUGGAAAGCAGAGAAAGGACUUUGCAAAAUCGUGAGGAAUAUAAUGCACUUUUUACUUUAAACAAUAACAACAAUACAACUAUUCAAGGUGACUAGAUCGUAAACGCAGCCACUUGAAAUAAAGAACUCUUAAUAAUCUGAUUUUAUGAGAGAUCUAAUAAAACUGAUAACAAUAGUAAUUGUUUGUACAUUCUGUUUGCAUUUUUUUAAUAUUAUUUUAGCACUUUGUUGUAUGUCUAUACGUGUCCAUUACUCAAGUAAACCAGGCGAACUUUUCGUUUCAAUGUAGAGUUGUGAGUGAUGUCACCUACUGUAUGUUUUUGUACACAAGCCCCUUAUGUUUUAUUUUAAUAUCCAAAACCAUAUGGAAAACGAAAAUAAACGAUCGACUUAAUUAAA